AUGAUCUCUGGAGGAUCUGACAUUUGUGGUACCUCUUAUGCUGCAGCAAAGAGGCACGCCAUGUUAUCCAAAAUAGAGAAGGAAAAAGGACCACAGAAGAACACUUCAAUCAAAAAUGAUAAGGAGAUCACCUUCGACGAAGCAGAUAGACAAGACAUCCAGGAUCCUCACCAUGACGGAUUGGUGAUAACUCUCUACAUUGCUAACUAUUUCUUCAGAAGGAUCCUCAUCGAUGGAGGGUCCUCAGUCAACAUCAUACUCGUAGACGCCUUAAAAAGAAUGAACAUCCCGGAGUCUGAAAUAGUUAGAAGAUCCUCAGUGUUGAUCAGAUUCAACGGCGAAACCAAACACAUUGUCGGUGAAAUAAAGCUUCCUAUCUAUAUAGAGGUGGUAAACUCUAUACAAUGUUUUUGUGUAGUUGAUACGUUAUCCUCUUAUAAUGUUAUACUAGGAAGACCAUGGAUCCACGAAAUGAAGGCCGUCCCAUCGACUUAUCAUCAAUGUGUAAAGAUGUCCACCCUAUGGGGGACAGUGAAGAUCAUAGGCGAUCAACAGGAGUCCAAAGAAUGUUAG